AUGCGGCGGGCUUCGCAUGUUUGCACGUCGUGUGAACUGCUGGGUUUCCAGAAGCAAUUUCUCAUGCUCUCCAACCGCGGUAAUAGCAGUGGUGAUAAUGACGUCAUCGAUACAAGUGGCGGCAAGUUCCGCAACGGCAAUGGGGAUGGAAAAGACGACGAUGUUGUGACACCAUGGAAUGUUUCUGCCACCGGAGUGCGGGGUGUCAACUAUGAUCGUGUGUUGGUGCGAUUUAAGUCCCAACCUAUCGGUGAGCCACUGUUAAAAAGGAUGCAGGAUGUUUGUGUUGAAAGAGUGAAAUGCAAUAAUAGCGAAAGAGGACACAAUGCGGAAAGGAGUGCAGUGGGUGAAGAGGUGCAGCCAUUGCAUCACUUCUUCAGGCGUGGCAUAGCCUUUUCGCACAGAGAUUUUGACAUCGCACUGACCAACGUGCAGGAAGCCUUAAGAUCGGGAACUCAGGGAGCGUAUUUAUACACUGGUCGCGGUCCGAGUACGCGGACAAUGCAUCUUGGACACGUGAUACCCUUUAUGCUUACGCGCUACCUGCAGGAUGCGCUCGGGCUGCCGCUAGUCAUCCAAAUCACCGACGAUGAGAAGUUUUUUUUUCGCGAUGUACCGUUGCAUGACAACCGAUGCUCGGACGGAAUUGAUAUUGUAACCGAAAACAUAAAGGAUAUUAUUGCAUUUGGCUUUGACCCUAAACGGACGUUUAUUUUCCGGAACACCUCCUACAUGGGUAGCAUGUAUCCUACCGUUGUUCGCCUGCAGCGCACAAUGACACUCAGUGCCGUGAAGAAUACGCUGGGAUUGAUCGAUAAUGACAAUAUCGGGAAAGCCUCCUUCGCUGCUACUCAAGCAGCGCCUUGCUUCAGUAGCUCCUUUCCGUGCAUCCUUGGAGAACAAGAUUUUGAAAAGCCUCUACAGUGUAUUGUGCCAUGUGCCAUUGAUCAGGAUCCGUACUUCGUUCUGGCGCGGGCAUCGGCAUCCCGCAUGAAGUAUCGAGCUCCCGCACUACUGCAUACAAAAUUCCUUCCAGCUUUGAAGGGGAUGAGACUAAAGAUGAGUAGUAGUGCCGAGGAGAGCGGUGUGAUAACAUUGCACGACUCACCGGAGCAAGUACAAAAGAAGAUGAAGAAGGCUUUCUCCGGCGGUAGUGGGACACUGGACGACAUGAAGACGAAAGGCGUGGAUUUGGAGGCCGAUGUGGCCUACCAAUUCAUUCGGUUUUUCUCUCCGGACGACGAGAUGGUUGGGGAGGUAUCGGCAAAGUAUGUGGUUGGUGAGAUGAACAGCUGUUAUGUGAAGAGCUUAGCCGCAGAUGUUGUCGUCCGGCAUGUGCUGCGCAACUGGCAAGCGAAGCGAAAGCUGGUGACAGAUGAGGAGGUUCGGCGGUUUACGGAGGUGCGCAACAUUAUGGCGUAG